CUGGGCCGCACCACGCCCCCGGCCCUGCGCGAAGGGGCGCGGCGCGGGCGGGUGAUGCUGCUGGCCGGGCGGGGCCCUGGGAGCCGGGAGCUGUCCGCGCUGGCUCGAAGAGCCUGAUCUACCUCUGCGGCUGCCAGGUAGGCGGAUGUGACAGGCCCAAGCCCCUGCUUCUCCAGAGGCCACCCGGUCGCUACGGGCACCAUGCUGUCCCCUCAGAGGGCCUUACUCUGCAACCUCAACCACAUCCACCUCCAGCACGUCUCUCUGGGCCUGCACUUGUCCCGCCGGCCCGAGCUCCGGGAGGGGCCUUUGAGCACCUCCCCUCCCCCAGGGGACACAGGGGGCAAGGAGAGUCGGGGCCCCUGCAGCGGGGCGCUGGUGGACGCCAACUCCAACAGCCCGGCGGUGCCCUGCCGAUGCUGCCAGGAGCACGGGCCGGGGCUGGAGAACCGGCAGGACCUGGCGCCAGAGGACGAAGGGCCGGCUUCCCCCUCCGACCCCGGCUGCUCAUCCUCUCUCAGCUCCUGCUCAGAUCUCAGCCCCGACGAGUCGCCGGUCUCGGUCUACUCGCGGGACCUCCCCCGCGACCAGCAUGCCCAGCCUCGGCCCCGCAUCUGCGCUCAGGAGCCGGGCUCCCCGCCGGCCUCUGCGGGGCCCAACGCCUGCUCCCCCGACAGCUUCUGCUGCUCCCCCGAUUCCUGCUCCGGAGCUUCCUCCCCGCCCGGUCCUGGCCUGGACUCCAACUGCAACGCGCUCACCACCGGCCAGGACGUCGCUUCCCCGGGGCUGGAAGAAGAGGACGAGGGUGAGGAGCCGGACCUCCCCACCACCGAACUCCCAGAGCUCGAGGACGGGAAAACCGGCGCCGGGAAAACUGAACCCAGCUGGAAGAUCAACCCUAUUUGGAAAAUCGACACAGAGAAAAUCGAAGCGGACGGGAGCAUCGCAGAGAAGAACAAUAACCCGGAUUGGAAAGCCCACGGGGAGACGACCCCCGCCUGGACAGCAGAAGCUGGGAAAGGCGAGCCCGCGGCGAAGGCAGACAGGGCAAGAACGGAUUCGGGCUCGAGAACAGAAGCCUGGAACCUCGAAGGGGGAUGGAGAAGUGACGUCAGCGAGGAGCCGGUGCCCCAGCGGACGAUCACGUCCUUCCACGAGCUGGCCCAGAAGCGCAAGCGGGGCCCGGGGCUGCCCCUCGUGCCGCAGGCCAAGAAAGACCGCAGUGACUGGCUCAUCGUCUUCUCGCCCGACACCGAGCUGCCCCCCACCGGCACGCUGGGCGCCGCGCCCGCGCCGCCGCGGGAAGUCACCACCUUCAAGGAACUCCGCACGCGAAGUCGGGCACCGCCCCCGCCCCUCCCGCCCCGGGACCCACCCGCGGGCUGGGCCUUGGUCCCGCCCCGGCCGCCGCCGCCCCCCGUGCCGCCCCGGAGGAAGAAGAACCGCCCGGGGUUGCAGCCCAUAGCCGAGGGGCAGCCCGAGGAGGGCAGGGCCACGAGUCCCGCGGCCGGCCGGGAGGCCGCAGGCGCCCAGGAGCCGGAGGAGCCACGCGCGCAGGCACGCCUGGAGGCCGGUCCCCUCCUGCUCCCGCCGCCCCUGGUUUUCCGGCUCUCGGCCGACGGGCGCCCCCUGUUGGAGGGUGGGGGCCUGGGCGCAGCCAGGUCUCUGCUCCUGGCCCCUCUGGCCGGCUGGCCCCGCGCCGGGCUGCGGCUGCUGGAGGCGCCGACUCCCCCAGAGGAGCAAUUGCUGCCUGUCCGCCUGUCCCCGGUGGGGGCCUAUUCGCCUCCGGCUCGGGGGGCCCUGCCCUGCCUGGCCAGUCCUGAGCUGGCACUGCUGCUGUCCCCGCUCUUUCCCAGAAGUAGCACCUUCCCCGCCGCGGCUCCCCCACCCCGCCAGGUAUCCGUCCCCCCGCUGCCACCUCCACCUCGUCCGCCGAAAGCCCCUCGCUGGACCAGGAGCCCACCGCCUCCGCCUAGGCUACUCCGCAGUUCCUGGUCGUUUGCCGGCGUCCCCGGGGCCCAGCGGCUGUGGAUGGCAGAAGCCCGGAAUGGGCCUGGCCAACUGCAGGAGCAGAAGAAAGGGCUCCUGAUCGCCGUGAGCGCCGCGGUGGAUAAAAUCAUCUCGCACUUUGGGGCCGCCAGGAACUUGGUUCAGAAGGCGCAGUUGGGGGAUAGCCGGCUGAGCCCCGACGUGGGCCACCUGGUGCUCACCACCCUGUGCCCGGCCCUGCACGCCCUGGUUGCCGACGGUCUCAAGCCUUUCCGCAAAGACCUCAUCACCGGGCAGCGCAGAAGCAGCCCCUGGAGCGUGGUGGAAGCUUCGGUGAAGCCAGGCAGCGGCCCCCGCGCCCUGGGAACCCUGUACAGCCAGGUCAGCCGCCUGGGGCCCCUGAGCAGCAGCCGCAGCCGCUUUCACGCUUUCAUCUUGGGCCUACUCAACACGAAGCAGUUGGAGCUGUGGUUCUCCAGGCUCCAGGAGGAUGCAGGCCUGUUGUCCCUCCUCUACCUGCCCACUGGCUUCUUCUCGCUGGCCCGGGCCGGCUGCCCGGCACUGUCCACAGAAUUACUGCUCCUGCUGCAGCCGUUGUCCGUGCUCACCUUUCACCUGGACCUGCUCUUUGAGCACCACCAUCACCUGCCGUUGGGCCCACCACAGGCCCCCGCCCUGCCCGGUUCGCCACCUGCGCUGCAGCAGACUGUGCAAGCCAUGCUGCACUGGGGGGGGCGGCUGGCUCAGAGCCUCCGGGGUGGCGCAGGCGAGACGCCACCUGCCCCUUCAGCACCCUCAGGUGCAUCUGCUCCCAGCAGCUGGUGGGAUCAGCUGACCCAGGCCUCCCGGGUCUAUGCCUCUGGGGGUGCUGAGGGCUUCCGUCUUCCCCGAUGGGGGUGCAGGCAGCCUGGGCCGGCAGCCGAGGAUACCCUGGAGAGGUCCCCGCCCACAGAGGAGGCGGCCCUGGGCAGAGGCCUCUGGCUUGGGAGACUCUUUGGAGUGCCUGGGGCACUGUCAGAAGCUGAGAGUGGAGCCCUAAAGUCCAGGAGACCCUCCAGCUGGUUGUCUCCAACCGUGAAUGUGUUGGCUCUGGUGAAGCGGGGAGCACCUCCCGAGACUCCCAGCUCUCCCGAGGAGCUUGAGGCCCCAGCACCCAGCGGGGUGCAGACACACAGGGCAGUCCGGGCGCUCUGUGAUCACACGGCGGCAGGACCCGACCAGCUGAGCUUCCGGCGUGGAGAAGUACUGCAGAUCAUUGCCACCGUGGAUGAGGACUGGCUCCAUUGUGGGCGCGAUGGUGUGGAGGGGCUAGUGCCCGUGGGGUAUACCUCCCUGGUUCUUUAGGACGAGGAACUCUUCCUGACUUACCUAUGGUCCUCCUUCCUGCUGCUUGGGAAGGGAGCCCACGAACACUCACCCAUGUAAACUGAUCAUCCCAGAAGCUACCCGUCUGCCAAAGGACACCUUCCUACCACCUCUAUCUCUGCUAGUUAUGUAAAAGAACCUUUCCUUCUUCCUUUACAUGUCCACCGGCAAGAUGGACUCUGCUCUUCCGAAUAUAGAAAAAGGAAUUUCCCUUCAUGCAAUUGCUUUCCUUUCCCAUCUGUUGUAGAAGGGAAUGUCUCCUUCUGCAAAAUGAAAAUCUAGCGUACUUCUACCCUCUUCUCUGUAUGUGAGUGGGCUCUGCCAAUACAGUAUGACUCAGUUCCCAGCACUACAAGGGCCACUAGUCCUCUCCUAUGUAUGGAAUCUUCCCACCACCCCGUCCCUACUGCCUGUAUUUAUGAUGUACUCACAAACUGAGGUGCUGAGGUCUGGACACCCCUGGUGGGUGGGCCUGUGGUGUUGGUCUGCCUCCUUCCUUUUAUGUCCCAAUAAAGUGUGGGAGUUGAG